AUGGGUUGCAGCAACAGCAAGACCGGCGUCGUUGUGUCCUCGCAGAAGCCUCCCAUGCCGGUUGCUGCAGCGGAGUCCAAAGCUUCCACCGAGGCUCCUACAGCGGAAGACCGAGUCGAAGAGGCCUUCACAGAGGCGAGGGACUCGGCGGUCGUGGCUGAAGCCGAGGUUGAGAAGGCGGCCCAGGAAGCCUUGGAAACAGCAGUGGCAGGGGCCAAGGAGCAGGGCCUGGAUUUGGAGAUCACGACUGCCGAGCCGACUUCGGGUUGCAACCUCUUUGGCGCCUGUGGCGCUUGA